UCUUAAUCUGUGGGCUGUGGGAGUGAUAAACAAAGCGUACGAUAUUCAUAUUAUUGCAUUUCCUUAAUUAUUCACUGAUUUUGUGGUUAUUUAUAGUAAUAAUUAGCGCUGGCAGAUUAUACGACCUUUUGAUUAAGCGUUUGCAUAAUGGCUAAAGAAGACAUAUCACUACCAGUGGAAAUGGGGAAACUUGAAAUUCAACCUGUGAAAAGCAAAAACAAUACUGAUGCUAACCCAUUUUUUCACUCACAGCCACAGCAACGAAGACAUUUGCUCUCAAGAAGCACUCAAACAUUAAGGUGCCACUGCUCAACCCAAAUAAACAAAAGUUCCAUGUCAAUCUGCAAAAAGAAAAAUACCAACAAAAUUCUUAAAAAACCAGUCUUGAAAUUGCUACAAAACUAUUGUAAAGAUAUUGAAGAAUCUCACAACUGCUGUUCAUAUCCUAAUAAAAUAGUGACUCCAUUAAUAGGUGUAAAUUCGGAAAAUUCUGUCUUGUGUGCCCUAGUGCAAAACUGCAAUCAAUUGAGAAUAUCUUCUGAACGGGACAAUGCUGCAAUUGCAUCAUCAAGCAAUGAUACAAAAUGGUGGAAAAAAGAGUCACCUUGCAACAGUAUUCAGAGCAGAGAAUCCGCAAUGGACAAAGGUAGAUCCGGCCCCUCUUGUUCCCAGGAGGCCCUGAAUCCACCAUGUGAUGUCACUAUUGAUGAAUUAGCUAGUUACUUUGAAACUUUUGUUCAUAUACCUAAAAAAAUGUCUUCUAUGGCUGAAAUGAUGUAUAUUUGAACUAGGUUUAAUCACAGUAAGACCUUGUGUUCAAUUAGUGGUCCAUUUUUACAGGCCAUUUUCUUCAGUUUAAUUACUUGAAACACAAACACUUGUUGUUUGGUCGCUUUGCUCGGAAAACAUAUAAAAACUCAAAAUGCGCGUUUUCCCAGAGAUAAGACCUAGCUAGAUCGAUUUUUCGCCCCCGAAAACCCCCAUACAGCAAAUUUCAUCAAAAUUGUUAGAGCCGUUUCUGAGAUCCCCAAAAUAUUAAAUAUACAAGAAUUGCUUGUUUAAAGGUUCAUGAUAUAUUUUCAUAAUAGAAAUUUGACAUUAUUGAUGACAUUGCCACACUCUCAUUGCAAAUGCCAUGCAGAGUUAGCUUGGUCCUGGUCUGACUAUGUUACUUUUUAUAUCAUGUGAAGCAAUAUAAAUGAUCUAACAUAGUUCAAUAGAAUCUGAUACUUUGAUGCAUGUAGAUUUUGCAAGUAGGAAAUAGCAAAGGGGAUAUAAUAUUAUAGAGCGGUACUGUCAUAGUAAAUUUUGUAACCACAGUAAAUUCACUGCCAUCUAUCAACACACUUCAAAACUAAAAAUAAAAAUUUAUAAAAAUACGAUAAAAUGUAUUUAAAUAUGGAUAAAUGAUUUUUUUAAUUUGCAUUAAUUAUUUUGACCCAUGUUCUUUCAUUGAUAUGCGUUAAAAUUGUUAAAUAACAAACGAAACCGUCAACGCCCUCUAUACGAGAGUAGGCCAAAGGUAGUGGCGACAUCUAAUCGAGAAUCAAAUUUUCGUCAUUUUCGAGGCACGUUUUUUCGACUGUAUCCAUCUAUUACGGAGUUAUAUCUAUCUUUGGAAAUAGUUAUUUGUGCAACAAGAGAGGAAAGUUGGUUUUUCUGGCGAGUGUUUAUUUUGAGUCCCGAGAUAGCGAAAGCCUCUAUAAUUAAAUCACGAGCGAAGCGAGUGAUUCUAAGUUAGAAUCUUGAGCGUAGCGAGGGACUCAAAAACACGAGAUGUAAAAUAACUUUGCUCUCGUGUUGCACACAUAAUUUUUCACCUCAGUAGAAUGUAUUUCGAAUUACACAGAAUAAUACAGACAAAAAAAAGUAAUAAAAGUAUGAAGUGGCAGUUCAUGGCCUUCACUAACUUAAAAAGCUACUUUGUUUCACUCUAGGGAGUGACGAAAGUAGGCUUGUUCGAGUUGCUGAGGUGAAAAAAUUAUUAAAAUUUUUCUAUUGUAGAAUAAAGUGUUAAUCUAGCAUAAUAAGGCCCAAGACACAUUUGUAAGU